AUGUCCGAAGCCAUCGACCGCGCGCAGAGCUACUUCCUUGUCUGUGCCGUGAUCGCCAAGUCCACGGCGUAUGCCUUGGGACCGAAGAUGUUACACGAUGGCGUGGAUCCGAACAGUAGUAUCGGUGAUGCAGAGGAGCACCAUCGCGCUGUCAGAAUUCCCGAAGAAGAUGAGCAGCUCACAGAGCGCACUUCUCUUCUACCGAGGCGUGCGCAAAAAGCUAGACAGGCGGCUGGUCGCCGCAUUCAGCACUGGAGUAAAUGGAUCGGCUCGUUUUGCCCGCACCGCGUCAAGCAGGAACCGAUGGCACCGUUUGGCACGCCCUUUGCCGACGUGGUUAUCGGGUGUACUAUCCUCGGCGCGGUGCUGGGUUUAGUCCCUGCUCUGCACUGGGCGUUUUUCUUCCCGGAGGAGGAGGGUGGGAUAUUCAGCGCCUGGCUGACCUCCAGCGUUCGUCAUAUUGGACAUCUGUUUACCACGCUGCAGAUCUUCAUGGUUUGGUGUAAGUUGGGCGUCAGUUUUGAGCAGAUGAUCGCAUCUGGCGACUCGGGCCGGACACCAGUCAAGGCCAUCACGAUUGUUUUUCUGCUGCAGUUGGUGCUCUGGCCGGCGAUGAGUAUCUCGCUGAUCUAUGGAUUAGCAAGAGGCACUACGCUGCUCGGCAGUGACCCUAUGGUCUGGUUCACCAUGAUGCUCAUGCCAGUUGGCCCGCCGUCGCUGGUAAUUUUAGGGUUAGCGGAGCUGGCGAAGGCGUCGGAGCGUGAGAAAAUGGCGAUUGCCAAGACGCUGACGGUAGGAAUGAGGACAGUACUGGAAGCGAGAAAGGGCUGA